AUGUCCAUGUUCCUGCCCGAGGGUCCCGUCGUCACCCUGCCGUCGCAGCCUCCCCCCAGCGGCACGACCCAGAUCACCCUCAUCGAGGUCUUGCUGCCCGUCUCGAUCAAUCUGUCCAGCCACACCCUGUCAGCUCAUCGUCCCCGAUGGCUCGACCCGUACCUCGAUCUGGACAAGGGCAAGUUCCUCCUCGACGUCUUCCACUUCAAGCCGGUCGGCUGCGAUGCCGAAGCCGUGCCUCAGAGCCAUGCGCACCUCGUCAGGGUCCCCAUCAGGCCCGUGUGGUUCUCGAGCACCUCGCGCGAGGAGGUCGAGAAUUGGAUCCUCGCCUACCCGAGCCGCAGCGUCGCGAUCGCCUGUCGAAGCUACCCGAGCGCCACCAACGUCCUCAGGACCCAGCUGCACGACGUCGAGCACGAGCUGUACCUUGCCAUGCCGUCUUGGCAGGAGCUCAAGAAGAGGGCAGAGGGACUGGCAAGGCAGUCGCGCCCCGACCUCGAGAACCUCACGGCUUGUGCGCAGAGGUUCCAGCAGCAACUGCGCACCUUUUUCGAGGGCGGCAGCCGUCAGUCGAGCGUCUCUGACCUCGGCCAUCGCUAG